UUCAGCUAUACCCAUAUAGUAUAAAUAGAGAUGAUCUGUAUGAGGUUUCUUCAUUGUGCUUUGAAACAUAUCAGUCAUUAAACUUGCUGGUCUUAUAGCAGUGCAGGUUUUUGGUUUGUGAAGAUGAGCUAUGCAAAUUCUUCAAUGAGUUCUGGGAGCCAAACAUCUAGAAGACAACUCGAAUUCGGAAGGACCUAUGUGGUGAAACCCAAAGGUAAACACCAAGCAACAAUAGUUUGGCUGCAUGGUCUUGGUGAUAACGGCUCCAGCUCAUCCCAACUAUUGGAAAAUCUCCCCCUUCCAAAUAUUAAAUGGAUAUGCCCAACUGCUCCUACCCGUCCGGUGGCUCUACUAGGGGGCUUCCCUCGCACCGCAUGGUUUGACGUAGCAGAGCUUUCUGAAGAUGGUCCAGACGAUAUGGAGGGUUUAGACUCUUCAGCAGCACAUAUUGCUAAAUUGUUAUCAACAGAGCCUUCUGACAUUCAUCUUGGUAUUGGGGGCUUUAGUAUGGGCGCUGCCGCAGCCCUCUACUCUGCCUCUUGCUAUGCUCAGGGAAGAUAUGGAAACGGCAAUUCUUACCCUAUAAACCUAAGAGCUGUUGUAGGUCUAAGUGGCUGGCUUCCUUGUUCAAGGAGCUUGAGGAACAAGAUACAAUCUUCACAUGAGGCUGCAAGGCGUGCUGCAUAUUUGCCAAUAUUACUUUGCCAUGGAACCUCUGAUGAAAUAAUUCCUUUCAAGCAUGGAGAAAACUCCAGCUACUUUCUGAGCUCAGCUGGAUUCCGAUACCUCACAUUCAAAACUUAUGAAGGGCUUGGACAUUACACAGUCCCUAAGGAAAUGGAAGAGGUCUGCAACUGGCUACACAGCAUGUUGGGGCUUAAGGGGUCGCGCUGAACCAUGGCCUAGUAGUUCGGAUUAAAAUGCUUUUACUAAAGCGAAAGAGGAAAGGAAACAUGAUUAUAUAUACUGAUAAAUGGUAGAUUUUUGAACGAGUUGGCGGUGGUAUAGAGAUGAGUUGCUAGUCUUCAUGUUUUUGUUUAACUACCAAAAUAAAAGAUUCACUAUAUGUUCCUUUAUAUUUUGGAUUGGUUUGUAGGCACUUAUUUAGAGUUGUUUAGGUGAAUUCAACUUCUGUGUUAACAGACUACUCUGAUAUUCAUUGUACUAUGUAAUACUCAUUUAUGAAUUAAACGGGAUACGUAUCCCCUUGUGUGUA